GCCGGGGCUAUGGCGGGUGACGACCGCCAGUGGCAGGGCAGCAUCCUCUACAACAUGCUCAUGAGCGCCAAGCAAACGCAAACGCGCGCCGCUCCGGAGGCGCCCGGGGCUCGGCCGAGGAGCCAGUGCUGGGGCUGCUCCUGCGGCGCGGAGCAGCAGGGGGGCAGAGAAGGACUGGCGGGCGGGCGGGCCGUGGCGCUCCUAUACCGCUGCUGCUUUUGCGGCGAAGAUCACCCGCGGCAGGGCAGCAUUCUCUACACUAUGCUUACGAGCGCCAAGCAAAUUCCUGCGGCCCCGGAGGCGUCCGAGACUCCACAGUGGGGUUCGUGCUGGGGCUGCUCGUGUGGCGCGGAGCGGCCGGUGGGCAGAGAGGAGCUAGUGGGCGAGCAGGCCGAGGUGCUCCUGUACCGCUGCUGCUUUUGCGGCGAAGAGCACCCGCGCCAGGGCAGCAUCCUCUACAGCUUGCUCACCAGCGCAAAACAAACGCACGUGGCCCCGGGAGCGCCCCAGGCGCUGCCGGGAGGUCAGUGGUGGGACCGCUCUAACGGGGUGCGGAGACCGGGGGGCAGAGAGGGGCUAUCGCGAGGGCCGGCCGGAGCGCUCUGGUACCGCUGCUGCUUUUGCGGCGAAGACCACACGCUGCAAGGCGGCGAGCUCUACCACGCGCCCACCAGCGCGAAGCAAACGCGCGCGGCUGCAGAGAGCCCCGAGGCGCAGCCGGGGACCCCACGGUGGGGCCCCUCGUGUGACAUGCAGCGGCCGGUGGCCCUCAAGAGCCCUCAGGUGGUCUGCGAGAUGGCCUCGGCCGGCCUGUUGAAAACCCUGCGCUUCGUCAAGUACUUGCCCUGCUUCCAGGUGCUGCCCCUGGACCAGCAGCUGGUGCUGGUGCGCAGCUGCUGGGCGCCGCUGCUCAUGCUUGAGUUGGCCCAGGACCGCUUGCAAUUCGAGAUGGUGGAGACCUCGGAGCCCAGCCUGCUGCAGAGGAUCCUCACCACCAGGCGGCGGGAGACGGCGGACGAAGAGCCGCCGUCCCGGCGUGAGCAGCCACCCUUGGCACCGCCGCCGGAGGCCGGCCAGCAGCCCUCAGUCGCCGAGGUCCAAGCCAUUAAGGGCUUCCUAGCCAAGUGCUGGAGCCUGGAUAUCAGCACCAAGGAGUACGCCUACCUCAAGGGGACUGUCCUCUUUAACCCGGCCCUGCCAGGUCUGCAGUGUGUGAAUUACAUCCAGGGACUUCAGUGGGGAACUCAGCAGAUACUCCACGAACACCUCAGGAUGACGCACAGAGGGUACCAGGCCAGAUUCACCCAACUGAAUAGUGCCCUUUCCCUGCUGAGAUUCAUCAAUGCCAAUGUCAUUGCAGAACUGUUCUUUAGGCCCAUCAUUGGCAUGGUCAGCAUGGAUGAUAUGAUGCUGGAAAUGCUCUGUGCAAAGUUAUGAAAGCCCGUGGACUACCUGAGCGCAGCUUGCCACGAGGGCUAAGGAGGUGUUGGCAGAAGAGUGUAAUAUAUUUUAAAAUAAACUUUCUUAUUAUUUUUC